AUGGCUAGAUUCAGUGCAUGGGUGAAGAAACACCUAGGUUCCAAACCGACGGCCCAAAGGCAUCCCGAAUAUCAGCUACCAUUCCUUCCAACUCCACGCCGCUCUGUCACACUCACGUCGUUUGAUGCACCGACAUGUCUCUUCUUCCAAUUGCCUUACGACAUACGCGAACUAAUUCUUUUGAUGGUACUCGGUGGCUGUACCCUCCAUAUGGACAUUGUGCGCCAAAAAGAAGGCUGGCAAUGGAGAGGCGCCGUCUGCCACCGGAAUCAGUGCAGGGUACCCUCCAUGCGGUAUGCCUGGGCCGGUCCAUGGAGCGACCCAUGCCUGCGCUAUGCUUACGGUCGCAAUGGAGAGUUUCUCGAAGAACACAAUCCUGGCAUCAUGGGAUUCCUCCUAUCGUGCAGACAGGCCUAUGCUGAAGGCAUUCAUAUCCUGUACUCUGCCAACUGCAUCAACAUCGAGAGCCAGCCUCUGCUCAUCCAUCUCCCGCAACUUGUUCCAACUGAUCGGCUUGGGUCCAUCACUUCCCUUGAGGUAGUUGUCACGGCGCACCGUAUCGAGCAAGACAACGGCAGACCGUCCUUCAGCUUGAACCACUUAAAGCCCAUUCUCGAGAACAUUAAGACGCAUUGUCAUCACCUCCACAGCUUCUGCUUGUCCUUCUUAGUCGCCAGCUGCGGCUGCGAGAUCCUCGACGGCCCAACGCUGCCCUUAGUUGACGCCUUCUACCAUUCCAUGCAGUUGCGCAACAUGAGAGUCGAGCUGCCCUCGGUCACCUAUUGGAAGGUGUGCGAUUACAGGUCAGUAGACCAUCACCCGCGCGAGGCACCGGCCAAUACGUGGCGCGAAAGAUCGCCAUGGAGGUCUUUAGAUGGCGGGGAGCCCAGGGUGCAGGACAGAUCCAUUGAGCGCUACCCGUAUCCGCCACUGAAACUGCCACUACGUGAGGACGAAGAUGAGAGCGUGGAGAGCGUUGGGUAUUGGCUUCUUGAGGGUGACUCGGGGCCGAUGCACCCGAUGGUGACAUGCUCAUAG